CCCUGCUCGGACAGAGAUUACUGUGGCUUGGACUGUCGUCUCUGAGGAGCUUUCUCGGUCUUCUGCAACAGAAACUUCUGCUUUUUAACUCUGCUCUCGACCCUCCUCACCUUCCAGUUGUUUAACAAUUUUCUGUUUCCUCGUAUGUUAUCUUUUUUCCCAAACAGAUGGCCCAUUGAAGAUCUGGGGCAAAUAAAGUUGGAAACAUUAGGGAUCAUAACGGCCUUCCGGCUGGGAUUUGCAGUAUAAUUCUCAGCUUCUCUGAGAAAGAAGAGAAAAUCCCACAAAGAUUUAUGGAAAAUCCAAGCCAAAAGCGCCUAACUUUGUCAAGUGAAAUGGAUGCUGGUGCUUCUGUUGAUAGGAUUAGCAGUUUGCCCGAUUCAGUUCUCUGUUACAUUCUUUCUUUUUUGCCAACAACAAAAUAUGCUGUGGGAACAAGUAUUUUAUCUAAAAGAUGGAAAUUCCUGUGGACUGGAGUCCCCUACCUUCUUUUCGAUGAUGAUCGCGUUCGUAAAAGCCCAGAAAGAGUGAGAAAAUUUGAGCAAUUUGUUAAUAAGGUUCUGCUUCUAAGUACUGUGCAGAAUAUACUCAAGUUCCGUCUUUGUUGUGGAAAUGAACUCAUUGAGCCAUUCUAUGUCAAUGCAUGGAUCAGCACUGCAAUUAUCCGGAAUGUCCGAGUGCUGAAAGUUGUAGUUUUUGAUUAUCGUCGUGCUGAUGUUGUCAUUGAAUUGCCUAGUUGCCUAUUUACUUGCAGAACAUUAGAGGAUCUUGAAUUGUGGGAUAAUCUAGAUAUCAAUACACCAAAUUUGGUUUGUCUUCCUAGACUAAAACGUCUAACGCUUUCUUACGUUCAAUACAGAAAUGAUGAAUCCGUCGGUAAGCUCAUAUCUGGCUGUCCAAUACUAGAAUUCCUGGAUAUUUCCAGAUACGGCUUUGAUAAUGUGACAGUUUUUGUAAUAUCUUCACCUUCACUGAAACAACUCCGUUUUCGUGGUAACGAUGACUUUCCUGAAAAUCUUCACUACAAGGUUGCUAUAAAUACCCCAGCACUAGAGUCCCUUGAUUAUUCCAAUCACAUAUGGCAGCACAUUGACGUCAACUUUCAGAACAUUACCUCUUUAGUUAGAGCAAAAAUUGAUGUUGAGGCUUUUCCUGGUGAUGAUCCACCUCAAAGUGGUUUUUGCAAUUCACUUGUGGAACUGGUUCAGGCACUACACGGUGUAAAGAUUCUCACUUUGUCACAGGAGACAAUGAAGGCUCUGAGCUAUGCCACCACCCGCUUGUCAACAAGGAGAUUUGAAGGACUAACCAAAUUGGUAGUAAGAGCUGGAUGCUGUGAAUGGACUUGCCUACAGGAUUUGGUUGAAGUGGCAGUAAAUUUAGAAGUUCUUGAUUUCACAAAGGCAAUCAACUUAGAUGCUUUUGAUAUGCAUAAGAAUUGGCAUAGAGAACACACUACAGAGUCAUGCUGGAGGGAUCCCAUAGAAGUUCCCAGAUGCUUGAUAACGAGCCUGAAACAAAUUUCAUUUGAAGAACUUGAAGGCUUUGAAGAUGAGCUUGCAAUGAUAGGCUACAUUCUGAAGCAUGGUAGCGUUCUAAACCGAAUGCAUCUAAGUUCUAAAGUCGGCGGCUUGAGCACAAAAUUUCAGCUUACUCAGAAGGUACUACUGUUCCCUAGAAGAUCCCCCACAUGUCAAAUUGCAUUUUGCGGCAAGCUGGACCACGGUCCCUUUUCAGCAAGUCAUAGUCCAAUGGGGGAAACAUGAGAAAAUGAAGCAACAUUGGUUGAUUGGUGCAGUAAGGAUCAUAUCCGGUGCUUAUAACUUUCACCUACAAUGAAAGAUUCUGGAUGAAGCUGGGUUGGAAGAAUGUGGAUGAAGCUUUUUGUACAAACUUUUUGCCAAUGUUUGGGAUAUCUUUUUGUAGCAGAAAGUGAGGAGGCUGAAGCAAAACUCUUAACCUUGUCAUUGCAGAAAGUAUGAAUUUUAUUAUCAGUA